AUGACUCAGCUGAGGUUUCUGAUUGUUUUGGGAUGCCUGAUUCUGUCAAUUUUAACAACGUUCAAAGAGCAUGAGAAAGAUUCGGCUCACUGGCUGGUGAUUCUGGAGACAUUUACAAUCUUUAUUUUUGGAGGCGAGUUUGCAUUGAGGAUAUGGGCUGCUGGCUGCUGCUGUCGAUAUAAGGGCUGGAGAGGACGGCUCAAAUUCGCCCGCAAACCGCUGUGUGUCCUGGAUAUCUUUGUACUGAUUGCUUCGGUGCCGGUGGUUGCUGUACGAAACCAGGGAAAUGUGUUGGCCACGUCGCUGCGCAGUCUGCGCUUCCUGCAGAUCCUUCGAAUGCUACGAAUGGACCGCCGCGGAGGCACCUGGAAACUGCUGGGAUCUGCAAUAUACACACACAGCAAGGAGUUGAUUACAGCGUGGUACAUCGGCUUCCUGUCAUUGAUCCUGGCUUCUUUCCUGGUGUACCUGGUUGAGAAGGAUGAUGUCAUCGUGGAGCCAUCAUACACCGAGGGCCCCUCCCCAACACCAGCCCCACAGGACUUUGACACCUAUGCAGAUGCCCUCUGGUGGGGACUGAUCACCUUGACAACCAUCGGUUACGGUGACAAGACCCCAAAGACGUGGGCAGGGCGUCUUCUGGCCGGGACCUUUGCUCUUAUUGGUGUGUCGUUUUUUGCUCUUCCAGCCGGUAUUCUUGGUUCUGGGUUGGCUCUGAAAGUUCAGGAACAGCACAGGCAGAAACACUUUGAGAAACGCAGAAAUCCUGCAGCUUCAUUAAUACAGGCUGCAUGGAGAUACUACUCCACCAACCCCGUCAGAGACGAUCUCAUCGCCACAUGGAGAUUCUAUGAAACUGUGAUCUCUCUGCCAUGCUUCAGGAAGGAGCCUCUUGAGGUUAUGGCUAGUCAGAAGUUGAGUUUGUUGGAACGUGUGCGGCUGUCGACCCCAAGACCGUCGAUGGUAAGGGCCCGUGUGAUGAUGCCUGCUGCCAAUCCUGAAAGUGUGUCAGGGAACUGCGGGCCAGCAGAGGCGGUUGAGGAGAGUCCAUCAAAAGAGGGCAAACCAGCAGGGUUCAGUAACAGAGAGAGAUUCAGAACUGCUUUCCGAAUGAAGGCCUAUGCCCUGAGACAGAGCUCAGAGGAUACAGGAGGUCUGCCUGACCCCACUCCUGAGGAGAAGGGCUUCCCACCAGACAUACUGCUGGAGGAGAUGAUCCCAACUCUCAAAUUAGUCAUAAGAGCGCUGCGGAUCAUAAUAUUCCUUUUGAGUAAGAAGCGUUUUAAGGAGACUCUGAGGCCGUAUGAUGUAAAGGAUGUGAUUGAGCAGUAUUCUGCAGGACACCUGGACAUGCUCACCAGAAUCAAAUAUCUACAGACACGACUAGAUCUGAUACUGACACCAGGACCACCUCUCACUCCAAAACACAAGAAACCCCAGAAAGCACCAUUUCCGUACCCCACCCAGCAGUCACCUAGACACGAGUCAUAUCUUGCCAAAGCAAGCCUUCCAGAUCCCGAAGACCAAAGCAUGAUGGGUAGAUUUGUGCGGGUUGAGAGACAGGUGGAAGACAUGGAGAAGAAACUGGAUUUCCUGGUGGAUAUGCAUAUGCAACAUGACCUCACAGGCCCCGGCCACAUGACCAUGGAGCGCUGCGACCCCACGUUGACCGUCAGCGUCGCAUGCGACCAUGUGUACUGCAGCUACGGCCCGCCGCCGCACAACACGCCGCAUUACACGCACUCCGACGCCAACCCGCCCAGACCGACCGUCCUGCCCAUCAGCCCACUGCCAAGCCACUCCCCGUCCUCCAACGUCAGCCAAUCGGGAGGCCGCAGGGUGGGAACGCCACUGUCGCUGUUGUCGGUCACUCACGAGGAGCUGGAACGCUCGCCCAGCGGAUUCAGCAUCUCCGCCGAGAAAGAGGAGGUCACGGGCAAGGCCUCAGGGUUAACGGCGGGGUCGAGCUGGGGCCGCGACCGGCGCUAUUUAGCUGAGGGCGAGACGGAUACGGACACUGAUCCCUUUACACCCAGUGGACCUGUUCCACCCUCGUCCACCGGAGACGGGUUCCACUCCGAUGGAGCGUGGGGAACACCACCCUAAAGAUGCACUGACACACACUCUUUCUAAAGACUACAGACUCUGUACAGCACAAAACGACACAGACAUAAUACUCGUCAUAUCUAAAUAUGUAUCCACGUCACGCUUUACCCCUGCAAAGCAAAGAGCACUGCAUGGAAUGCAUGAGUUUUAUCUCUAGUGGUAGACACCGCACUUGGCAGAUCGAGACUGUGUGGUUAUGUUUGACUGGGAACUUUAAGGGAGGAGAACACAACAGAUGCUAUGCCAUUUUUGUAAACAUUUAUUUUUCUAUUUACACAUCUUUUCAUAUGCAUGGACUGCAUGACUCAUCCACGGAGCAGCUAAAUGUAUCGACGUCUCCUCCGGUUUGCACUUGCUUUUGAAUACUUGGGUUUGAGCACAUCUUGAGCUCGUUUUUAGUUCCUUUUGCAGAUUGUACAAACCUUUUUACUCUGGUCUGCAUGAACUGCACUCUGGGACAUGUCAUAUUUUCGCCACUAGCCGUUUUAAGGACCAAAAGCAGAGCCUCAGUUAGGAAUUCCUCAAGUGUCUGGCCUUAAUCCAACCAAUGAGCACAUCCCGCCUGUGAGCAGCACAUAAAACUGCCGGCUCAGUGAAUAUUGCCACUGUAUCGUAGGACCAGCAUUCCCAUGACAACUACAGUUUCCUUACGGUAACCCUACAUCAAUCGCACGGAUCAUUCCAGGGUCAAUUAACUGUGGGAAAUGAUCAAACUUUAUCCUUA